GUGCAGGUCUCACAGUGUUGCACAGGCCGGGCCCAGUGCCGCAGGUUGUCCGGUAGGGUGCCUGCCGAGCUACAAGCAUGCUGUUGAUGUCAGGAGCAGAAGAGGAGGGGAACGUGAGGAAUGGCUGAAAACUGUCGGUGAUCUCCUGUUAGGAAACAAACCAUGAUUGUCCGGUGUGUUUAACUGAACAUUUCACCGCCGCCGGGAUCAGCCUGUUAGCGUCGCAUUAGCAGGCACCGCUCGUUGUGGUUAUAUAUUUUUUGUGGUUAUUUAAUGGGACAACGAAAACGCAAAAAAACGCAAGGUAGGCUACCGCUCCUGUCGCCAGCCCUGCUACUUUAUUUUCAUGGACUAAUACGACACACAGGGGGGUUGAGAAAUGUUUCACAGCAAGGUAAAACACUCGUCUACGGAGGUAGUGUUUGCUUGUUAACGCUAGCUAAACUGUGCCGUUGGUAUUUUCUGGUCGGGCUCGUGAAUGUAUGAAGUGCUCGGACGUUAUAUUUUGUUUUGAAAAGCGUCGGUCAGGCUUCAUCUCUUCAUGCCUCAACCGACCAAACCACAUGAGAAGUCGACGUCCGGAGUAGACUAAACCACAAAGGAAAGGCCAUCUUUUUUGUCGCUUUCACCUGAACCGACGGGGAGAAAAUGCGUGUGGAUUUGUUUUGGAUAUGUUUGUGGUGUUUGCUUCGUCCUGGUGCCGCCGGUCAAGGGCAGUCGACGGCCGUUUGUUCGCCCUCAUGCAGCUGCGAUGGAGAUGGGGGUGCAGACUGCUCCGGGAGAGGGCUGACCACCGUCCCAACUGGGCUCAGUGCUUUCACCUACUACCUUGACCUGAGCAUGAACAACAUCACUGAGCUUCCAGCGUUUGUAUUCAAGAACUUCCCCUAUCUGGAGGAACUACGACUUGCGGGGAAUGACCUGUCAUUCAUCCACCCUGAAGCCCUGUCUGGACUGCAUCAGCUCAAAGUCCUGAUGCUGCAGAAUAAUCAGCUGAAGACUGUGCCCAGUGCAGCCCUGAAGAACCUUCACUCCCUCCAGUCUCUUCGCCUUGAUGCGAACCACAUCACCGCGGUCCCAGACGACAGUUUCGAAGGCCUUCAGCAGCUGCGCCACCUCUGGCUGGAUGAUAACAACCUGACUGAGGUCCCUGUCGGUUCUCUGAGACACCAGGCGAAUCUUCAGGCUCUAACGUUAGCGCUCAACCGGAUCCUGCACAUACCAGACAACGCCUUUGCCAACCUCACCAGUCUAGUCGUGCUACAUCUUCACAACAACAGAAUUAAAGAGAUAGGAGACAACUGUUUCGCUGGACUCGUGAAUCUGGAGACGCUAGAUCUUAACUUCAACAACCUGAUGGUUUUUCCCAAAGCAAUAGAGGCCCUGCCCAAACUCAAGGAACUCGGGUUCCACAGCAACGAUAUUGCCUCCAUACCUGAAGGGGCCUUCCAUAACAACCCCCUGCUGCGAACCAUACAUCUUUAUGACAACCCUCUGUCCUUCGUGGGCGCUACAGCUUUCCAGAAUCUGUCUGACCUGCACUCCCUGAUGCUGCGUGGGGCCAGCAUGAUGCAGGACUUCCCCAUCCUUACGUCGACUAAUAACCUUGAGAGUCUGACACUGUCGGGAACCAAGAUAUCGUCCAUCCCCGCUGAUCUGUGCGAGGAUCUCAAGUUGCUUCGGACGCUAGACCUGUCCUACAACGAGAUCAAGGAGCUACCAUCUCUCCAGGGCUGCGUCUGGCUGCAGGAGAUAAGCUUCCAGCACAACCAUAUUCAACAAAUUGAUAGGGACACUUUCCAAAGUCUGUCUGCUCUCCGUUUACUAGACCUGAGCAGAAACGAAAUCCGAGUUAUCCAUAGAGAUGCGUUCCUCACCCUCACUGCUCUCAACAAUCUGGAUCUGAGCAUGAACUCUCUGACUGUGAUUCCGACAGCUGGACUGAGCUCACUCAGUCAGUUGAAACUCUCGGGGAACCCGCAGAUGAAAAAUGUGCUGACUGCGAAAAACCUGCCCAAACUCAGGUCCAUCUCUGUCCCGUACGCCUACCAGUGCUGUGCAUUCGUCGGAUGUGACUCAAUGAGUUCUUCUGAGGAAAAUGACGUAAAGAAAUCUACAGGUGGGGAGGAUGUGGAAAGAAUCUCAAUGAUUAUGCAUUGCUCACCUUCACCAGGAGCAUUCAAGCCUUGUGAGCACCUGCUGGGUAAUUGGAUGAUCCGUCUGACGGUCUGGUUCAUCUGCCUGGUGUCGCUGGUUUUUAACAGCCUGGUGCUGGUGGCCACCUUCUCCCCAACACAACGAGCCGCAGGACAUUCCCACUCCCUCACUCCGUCUCUGUCCCCAGCCCGGCUACUGAUGGGGCUUCUGGCCCUGGCCAACCUGCUCACAGGCCUGUAUGUCGGCGUGCUGACCGUGCUGGACGUGGCCACCUGGGGCUCGUUCGCUGAGUUCGGAGUGUGGUGGGAGAUGGGACCUGGCUGUCAGGUCACAGGAGCUCUGGCCGUCUUCUCGUCAGAGUGGGCGGUCUUGUUACUCUCGCUGGCAGCCGUGGAGCGCAGCGUGGCCGUGCGGACGAUUCUCGGGAAGGUGAUGAUGUCACCCAGGAGGAACGGCGGCAGCCACCGUGGAUGCUGGAGAGGAGAUCGACGCUUCAGCAUCGCUGCCGGACUGCUGGGGCUGCUGGCUGCUGCAGGAGCCUGCCUGCCUCUGCUGACCUCCAGUGACCAGUCUGCGUCUCCUCUCUGCCUGCCCUUCGCUGGCGGAGAGAGUCCCGCUCUGAGUGUUACAGUCAUUCUGGUGCUGCUCAACGCGCUGGCUUACCUGUUCACUGCAGCCGUGUACACCCAGCUGUACUGCCACCUGGGCAGGGUGGAGCUGGCUGAUCCGGAGCAGACAGGUGCCCUGCGACACGUAGCCUGGCUCAUCUUCACCAACUGCAUCUUCUUCUGCCCCGUGGCAGCGUUCUCCUUUGCCCCUCUCUUAACUGGCUCUACAGCCGGCGGCCCAGAGAUCGCCAAGUCUAUCACCCUCAUUUUCUUCCCCCUGCCUGCGUGCCUGAACCCAGUGCUGUACGUGUUCUUCAGCCCGGCCUUCAGGGAGGACUGGCUGAGACUACGCGGCCGUGGAGGACUGACCAGGGAGGUGAAGGCUGGUGCUGAAAGUCACGGAGAUGAUGGUGGCGGUGGGUCAGAGCUCACGGACAGUGGCUCCUCCACCCACCUGGGCUUUGACUGUGGGGUGUACUCACAGCUCUGUGGAGAGACAGUUGUAUGCGAGCAGUGCGAAGCUGCGCUGCAUGCCAGGACCUGCUCCUCUCCCACGUCCUCCACAGUCUGUAGACACUUGGUGAAGUCACACAGCUGUCCCACCCUCCUGGCGGGAGCUGCAGUGUGCCAGCGCGCCGAGGGGUUUUGGGCAGACAGCGGCACACCCUCUGCUCAGUCUGAGUACGCAGACGAGGGGGACUCGUUUGUGUCGGACAGUUCAGACCAGGUUCAGGCCUGCGGCAGAGCCUGCUUCUGUCAGAGCAGAGGCCUUCCUCUGGUACACUACUCAUACAACAUACCUCGAGUCAAGGACUAAGGAUGCUUCAGAGCUCCAGUACGUCUGUGUGCACAGAUUUCUCUGUCAUGUGAAUUUAGAUGCUACAAGAGUAUAUAAACAUUUUUAUAUCAAACAACAAAAUGUGCCAACUACCCUGCUAACAGACCAUUCAGCAAGCACUUAAAAUUACUGUGUAAACAGAGAUGCAACCAAUCAUUUAAAGGGAACUUGGUAUGCUUUUUGAACUUGGAGACCAUUUCCAAGUGAGCUGAACUGAGCACGUCACAUCACGUUACAAGCUGGUCAAUACAGGAUCUCGCAAAGGAAAAAUCUUGCCACCAGUGCCUGCCUCUCGCUUUUGGUUGGAUCUCACGAUGUUGCGAGCCUCAUUGUAUGUGUCAAAGAUUUUGAGAUUUCUCUGUUUUACCUGAACUUAUAAGCUUUUUUUCCGAUUUUAAUUGUUACACAUCUUUGUCAAUUUUUAAAGCUUCUCCACAGCAACUGUUGAUUUUAUACUUUGAUUUUUUUUUUUACAUAAAUGUAGCAAAUGUAAUAAUCAUGCUAGACUUUUCUAUGUGAAUGUAACUUUCAGGUGGUCUUCACCUAACCAGAGGGGGAUAAUGUAACGUCAGCAAUAACUUCUGCCCUGCCUGCCUGUGAUCGUAACCAGCGUGAGAGUGGUAUAAAGUAAAUGCCAGUCUAUAAUAAACACGUCUUUGCUUUAAGUUACUAAGACUACGAAUGUGAUAAAAGUAGCAGAUAUCACUGUUAUAGCAACAGCUGUUCUUGGUGGUGGUGAGAGAUGUUAUUUAUUGUUUGAGCAGCAGGGUGAGGAUGGAGACAAUUUUCAGGUGGCCUUUGAAUGAUGAAAAUACAAUGUAACCCAAGCUUUCACCAAAACAACAGCACUUCUCUUUGUUUAAGUCUUCACAGAAAAGUGCACAGGUUGUUCUUGUUAUUAGUCUGAAGGAUAAAUCCAGUUAUUUUUAAAUGUGGGCCUUAUUUUCUGAGUUUGUGCCAUCAUGCUGUUUGAUUUGGGUCUUUUUUUCUUAAUUGCAGAGCUGCAUGUUCUACUUAUGGUCGGGCCAAGUAACACAUCAAACCCUACAAACAUUUCCUUUUCAGUACAGCAGCAUUUGAAUAAUUAAAUAAGAACUGCUUUUAUCAGCACUUCAAAUUAUUUUGGGUCGACGGUACAAUUGUUGACUCAUUGCUCUGUUAAAUACAGUGUGUUUAAUUAAUGUGAAGUGUUUCCAACUGCGAUCAAAAGAAACAGUCUUGCCAACAGUAAGAUGAGAAGAUCAAUACCCCUCAUCAUGUACCUGAACGCAGCUUUGAAGCUACAGCUAGCAGCUGGUUAGCGUAUUAGCAUGGAGACUGAAUGCAGAGGGAAACAGCUAGCCUGUUUAAUCUGUUCAAAAACUGAAGGAUUAAACAAAUUAGACACAACAUAUUCAUAAGUGAGCGUUAGAUGUGCUGGAGGGCAGAUUAUGUUACCUUCAGUCGGAGUAAGGCUAGCUGUUUCCCCCUGUUUCCAGUAAUCUAAAAUAAUCUAAGCUGAGCUAAGCUAACUGGCUAAUGGCCCUAGCUCCAUAUUUAGCAUGCAGGUCAGAGAGUGGCGUCACAUUUCUCAUGUAACUCUUAGCAUGAACAAAAAUAUUUCCCAAAAUGUCACUUUAAAAAAAUACAGUUAACGCUGGUUUUAUUUUAAUCACAAAUUGUAAAAGUUGGUCGACCAACAAGCUACAAACAGGAAAUCCCCAAAAUCUAAAUCAACUGUAUUCACAUAAGUCGAAUUGACGAGCAGAGUGAUAGCUGCUGUGCGUUUCUGGUUGAUUUCAAACAUAUCAUUAAAUAUAAUUUGGCCUGUGAGCGACAAGUUAAACACACGAAUACCGUCCAAGUUAAAUGCGUGAAUGUAAUCCCACUCUUCCACUUCUUCCAACAUGAUGUGAACGCAGCACAAGACUGGCAGCCAGCUGAGUCAACAACAAAGCAAAAGCAAAGCGGUGCCAAAGCGAAUGUGAGCUGGACUAUUAUAAUUGAAACGUGGGCUGAUUAUUGUUGAAACCACAGAUAUUUAAAGACAAGUAUCUGCAGUGUGGAUCUUUUGGGUGUCAAGGUACUAUACAGCUCUGCAGUGAAAUGCAUGAUGGUAUGAAAGUAUGAAAAUAAGGUCCAUGUUGAAAAUAAGAGGAGUUAUCUUGAAGCUAAUUCACUGCCUCUGGUGUCUUUGCAAUUUAUACACACUCACUGUUUGUUCAUUUCAGCCUGUUUCAUUGUAUGUGUCAUCAGAAGAGCAUUAUCAUAUUGUAACGCAGAUGUCUUUUCACCCUGAGAGCUGACCUGAGUGAGACUGUGUGUGAUGAGGGACUGACUGAUGUUUGGUGUGCUGGAGCAUGACUGUACACAUUAAGGUGGAUACACCCUCAGAGCGUGUAUCCACAAGUGCGCGUCAUGUGAGUGCUCAGGAAUUUAGGCAAUGUAGGGAAACGUUUUCUCCCACCAGCAAGACAUUCUUGUGUCCUUAUAGUGCACCAUUUAAUUUUAAUCUUUUUAAUUUUUUUUUUUUUUUUUUUUUUUAAUUUCCAUAUAGGCAUUUGUCUCGACCGGGUGUGUAAAUUUUUGCACCAUCCAAAAUGUCCGAUGAUUGUUUGUCCCAUCUGGUGAAAAUGUACAAAUCUUUUAGUAGGUUUUUUUUUUUUUUUGUAUUUGUAUGUAAAUUAUUUGACAAGAAAACAAGUAAUCAAGAAUGGGAUGCUAACUAAGGAAGCUACCUCCUCGACUGUAGUGGCUACCAGCAGUGCUUUGUAAAAGAAAAGUCUGUUUUUCGUCUGUUUUUCUUUUUGUUUGCAUUCUUAGCUUUAUGUCAACAUGUGGUUGUACAUCAUCAUUUUAGAUAAGUGCAAAUUGUGGGAGGAAUCUAUGUACUGUAUACUGUGAUUUAUUUUUUUUUAACCAAACUAUAAACUAUGAAUUUUUUUUUUUUGUUUGUUUUAUCUUUUAUAGAUUCAAACUUGCAGAAUAAUACAGAUUAUAAAAAGAAUCUCACUUUAAUUUCAGUUCAAAUUAAAAUUGUGUUUGUAGUUUUUCA